AUGGACAUAACUAGGCCUCUGCCUAGAAGUGUGAAAGUGCAGGAUCCUAAAGGGAGGCUAAUUCAACAGGAGGUAGUUUAUGAUUGGGAACCAACAUACUGUUCUAAAUUUUUGAAAAUAGGACAUGAUAGUACUGUGAUAAGAAAGGAACAACCACAGAGAAUGAUCCAACAAAGGAAAGUAGCUACAGGCAAACAGGCGUGGCUAAGAACAGACAGAAAUGGAGCUAAUGAAAAGAAGGAAACAGAACAAAAGGAAAUGAUAGAAACUGCCCAGCAGAGAGAGUCUGAACCAACAGAGAAAGAAGUGCAAAGGAGGGAUGAAGGGUGGAUUACAGUACUUGGAAGAUCAGCAGCGAGGGCAGCUAAGGCCAGACAAAAUGAAGAGCAGGAAGUUGCAGGAAAACAAGAGGUCCAAAGCUUGAACAACAACAUCAAUUAUGAUGUACCAGCACCUGGUUGGCAGUGGAUAUCAAAUGCUAAUCCAAGCAAUAAAAGUAGAAUAUGGGUAAUAUGGGAUCCUAGAAUUUAUAAAUUUGAUCCAGAAGAAGCUGAUGAGCAGUUGGAUAGACAGCAUGGUACUGAGGUACAAGACAUAGAAACAAGAGAUUUUAAGGAAUUUCUGCUUGAUACAGGGAUGCAUGAGCUACAAUAUAUGGGAAGGAAUUAUACACGGACUAAUAAUCACACUUCUAGUAGAAUAGACAGGGGUCUGGUCCUAGAGCCAUUAGUGUCUGAUCAUUCACCAUUAAAGCUAAUGAUAACACAAAAAGUGGAACAAGCCUGGGAAGAAAGGAGUACUGGUGGUAUGAUGCAAAUAGUAUGGAACAAGCUAAAGAAGGUAAAGGAGGUUAUUAAAGAGAUUAACACAAAGCAUUACAAAGGAGUAGAUGAGAGAAUAAAAAGGAUCAGGGAGGAGCUCCAGUCAACUCAGAAAGAAAUGAGUUCCAAUCUACAGAGGCAAGACCUAAUUGAGAAGGAAAAAACACUAAAGGGAGAUUUAGAAAAAUGGAUACUGAUUGAGGAAAGCAUAUAUAGACAAAGAUCAAGAGUACAAUGGUUGAAGCUGGGUGAUUCAAACUCAGCUAAUUUCUUUGCUCAGAUGAAGAAUAGAAGUAAUUUGAAUGGAAUACAGUUUCUAACUAAUGACAUGGGGGAUCAGCUAGUGUUGGAGGAUGAUAUUGAGGCAGAAAUCAUGGGGUACUACAAGAAGUUAUUGGGCUCAAGUGCAGAGAGUCUUCCAGCUAUUAAUCCAAAUGAUAUGAAAAUGGGACCAGUAUUGAAUAGGGAACAACAAUUGUUGCUUAUAAAGCAAGUGUCCAAGGAAUAA